AUGCCCACCAUCAAGUCAAUCUUCCUUCUCACCGUCGCUUGCUUGCUAUCCGCUCCGAUGGCGAAGGGGAGUCCACGCAUGGACCCCGCAUCAUCCGGCUGCGCCCAUUCGAUCCGAAGCAUCGCAUCGAAGGACUUUACAUGCCAGGCCACCUACAUCUGCUAUGCUGGAUAUAGUCAUCCAUGCGGAUAUGGGCUGACUGGAGAGGUUGAACAGUGCGAGAGCUGCAAUGACUACUCCAUCCUCUCGAUAAGCGCCUGCCCUUAUGGAAAUCACCCCUCCAGGUCAUGUGGAAGACAUGCUGUGGUUAAUCCACGAGCUGGAGAGCGCCGAAAAUACACCGAUAUGAGCUGA